AUGGUUUGGAAAGCAGACUUCGGUUGCAACCAGGCGCUGAUUUCGGUGGAACCUGGUGGCAUUCAACCUACCGUUCGAGCCACGAGCGCAUUCGUGCGAAUCCUAGGUUUGAAUGCGGCGAGCGCAAAGUCGCAGAAGUAUCGUAGUUUUGUGAAGGCCUACAAGGAUUCAGCGUUUGAGGAGAUUCCUCCGGCUCGCGACUUGGAGACUUUGGCUGGCGACUUCCAGGAAGUUCAGGUCUGGGAACUGGCUGAAGCUUUGGGCACCUGGCAGCUGGACCAACAUGGCGCCAUCCUGACCUGCCAGUGGGCAUUGGUCUUGGAAGUGUUCGCACCCUGGGGCGCCGAUGGUGUUAGAGCCCAGCCUGGAAAACAGGCAGCAGUUGAAUCAGCUGCUGGAUUCGGAAGAGCUUCAACUGUGCUACGUGGCCACGGCGGAAAGGUCGAUGGAAUUGCAAACCAAGGGGCAUCCCAGUUGGGACUUGCAGCAACAGCACCAAAGACUGAGGAGCUUGCAGGCAGUGGCACAGAGGAGGAGGAGUCGAGGCGGCCGGUGCGCACACGAGGGACGAGUGUGCGCGACGGGCGACGACGACGACGACGACGCCGCCGCCGCCAGCGGCGGCGGCUGCUGCUGCUGCUGCUUCAGGGUAGUUGUGGUGUUGGUGGUGCUCUGCUGUGCAAUGAGCUCGCAAGGUGA